CCACCUCCCACCUCUUUUUAUAUAGUAAACGACACCGAAUUGAUCUCGCAGUUGCAUUUCUACCUUGACCUACUUUCACCACCUGUUACGCCAUUUUCGUUGAAAACAAGUAAUCAGUGAAACAUGAGCCAAUCCAAUGAAGUUGCUGCAUUUCCACAAAAGCGGACUCCUCGUCUGAAUGAGAGGAUCCUCUCUUCUAUGUCCAGAAGAUCUGUUGCUGCUCAUCCUUGGCACGAUCUUGAGAUAGGAGCUGAAGCACCAAAAACUUUCAAUGUUGUUAUUGAGAUUACAAAAGGGAGCAAAGUCAAAUAUGAACUUGACAAGAAAACUGGUCUGAUUAAGGUUGAUCGUAUCUUGUAUUCAUCAGUGGUUUAUCCUCACAAUUAUGGAUUCAUUCCUAGAACGCUAUGUGAAGAUAAUGAUCCAAUGGAUGUGUUAGUCCUUAUGCAGGAGCCUGUUCUUCCUGGUUGUUUUCUCCGAGCUAGGGCCAUAGGGCUAAUGCCAAUGAUUGAUCAGGGCGAGAAGGAUGAUAAAAUUAUAGCAGUAUGUGCAGAUGACCCUGAAUAUCGCCAUUACACUGAUAUCAGCCAGCUACCCCCUCACCGUUUAGCUGAAAUCCGUCGUUUCUUUGAAGAUUACAAGAAGAACGAGAACAAGGAGGUCGCAGUUAACGAGUUCCUGCCUUCGGAUACUGCUUUUGAGGCUAUUAAGUACUCCAUGGACCUCUAUGCCGAGUAUAUUAUGCAGACUUUGAGGAAAUAGGUUGAUGCCUGAAGGUGGCGCAACAGAGCUAAUUGUUCUGUUUUUGUUUCAACAUCUUACAUUAUCAGAGCCCAUCAACAUUUGUAAUCUCGACUGUGGUUUUACCUGUGAUAAUUUUUUUUUUUCGACUGUAAUUUACUUGUGAUUUUAUUUUGCUUGGAUGUUGACA